UUUCGCUUCGCAUUUCGUUUGUACGUACGUCGCGCUUCGCAGUUCCGAGUGUGUGUUUGCAUUGAAUUGAAUUAACAUCAGGUUCCCGGGCAGCACGCAGAACGCAGAUUUCCCUUUUCCCGGCAGUGCGACAAACAUGCGAUUGGCACAAUGACGACGGACGUAGUGAAAAUAGAACGCACCGGCGUGCCGAUGGCCAUCGACGAGAGCACGAACGAUGCGAGCGGUGCCAGCUUCAGCAGCGUCAGUGGUGGUGGUGGUGGUGCAGCCGGUGUUGGCGGUGGCGGGACCGUCGCCGGAAGCGCAGCCGGAACACCGAGGGAAUCGGCCAAAUCGCAAAACCUGCGCCGCACCCUGGCCAAGCCAGCGAUGGAGAAGGAUAAGUGCAGCUUCCUGAACGAUCUGCAGACAUUUCACGAGAAGCACGGCACACCGUACCUGAAGCUGCCAAAGAUAAGUGGCAAGGAUGUCGAUCUACACAAACUCUACUCGAUCGUUAUUGGUCGGGGCGGAUGGAUGAAGGUAAAUGCACGCGAAGACUGGGACGAGGUGAUUGAAGAGCUGGAUCUGCCGACCCGGUGUGUAAAUAACGAGAUUGCGCUGAAGCAAAUAUACAUCCGCUACCUGGAUCGGUACGAGCGGGUGAAUUUCCACGGCGAGGAUAAAGACCCGGCGGAGGACGAGGACGACGAGAAGCGGCUUCAUCGGCGCUGGUCGGUCCGAAUGCUACACUCUACCCCGACCGUGUACAACCACCACCAGCACAACGUGCCGGAAGGGUUGCGGUCCUCGUUGAAGCUUUCCGACGAUCUCUACCGGGCGUCCGAGUAUGACAAGCUGAUACUGUCGCUGCUGUCGCCGCUACCGAACGAGCAGGACUUUGCCAUCAACGUGUGCACGCUGAUGUCCAACGAGAACAAGCACACGCUCAAGGUGGACAAGUGCCCGCGGCUGGUGUACGUGCUGCUCGCGCAUGCCGGGGUGUUCAAUCACUUCUCGCUGAGGGACACGUUCGACGAGUACUACUCGAACAUUCGCAAGAACUCCUUGCAGCGCUUCUGGAAGGAGUGUCUGUUCGAGAAGCCGCAAGUGCUGGAAUUGUCGCUGGAGGACUGCUUCGCAAAGAUGGGCGCCGAUCCGAGCGCACUGAUCGCUUCCAUCUAUCAGCAGGACGAGCCGGACGAAGAAAUGGACGGCAAGUCGGGCGGCAACGAUGGUGGUGAAGCAGCAAAGCGUGCCGAUAGCGAUUUUGAAAUCAUGAAGGGACGAUUAAGCACGGCAACGCUGCGUACCUUUCUCAGCCUCGGGACUGGCUUGGGAACGAACGAUUACAUCGGGCAGCGGGUGCUACAGAUCGCGGCCAUUUUCCGGAACCUGAGCUUCAACGAGGAAAAUCUACCCGUACUGGGGCACAACCGUACGUUCAUUCGCUUUCUGAUCAUGUGUGCCAACUCGCGGUGGAACAAUCUCCACCAUCUUGGGCUAGACAUGCUGGGCAACAUUGCGAACGAGAUCGACAUUAACGAUCCGCAGUCGGAUGAGGUGACGCGGUGCCUCGUGUCGACGCUGUCCGAAGGGCUGGAGGGUGCCGAUCGGGGCGUCAUCAUCAGCUGCCUGGAGGUGCUGAGCAAGAUCGCCCAGAAGGAGUCCAACGAGGAAAAUCUGAACCGCUGCCUCAACCAGCAGCUGUACGAUCAGAUCAGUUUGUUUCUCUGCCUGAACGACAUCAUGCUGCUGCUGUACACGCUGGAAUGCAUCUACUCGCUGACGUCGAUGGGCGAGAAACCCUGCAACGCGAUCAUGCACAUCCGCGGCGUGAUCGAUACGCUCGUAUCGUUGGUGACGGUGGAGGCCCAAAGCUACGGGCCGGAUGCGUGCAUACUGAUGCGCGUGGUCGAAACCAUCCCCGGUAAUAUGGCCACCCAUCAUGCGCAGGGAGCGUACUACGCGAAUGCGGCCGGUCAGCCCGGUCAAGCCAAUCCGCCGCCGCCGACGAUGACACAACUUACCGUCCACAAAGACGCCGCACAGGUGCAGAGCGCUGGGCAGGGGCAGGUGGGUAACAAUCCACACGUCGUCUACCCAACGCCCGAAGUGCCGAAGCUUCCCUCGCUGACUGUCACCAGCAAACCGGUGCCAUCUUCUCCACAUGUACCGCAGCAGCCGGUCCAACAGCAACAGAUCGUGCUGCAAGCUGGCACUGUGCAGACAGUAACCCAAGGCCAUCCCGCGGGUGCUGGACCCAAUCCCCAAAUCGUUACCGUGACACGUCCACCGGCAGCCGAUUCUCCCCAAAUCCCCGUGAACGUGAUUGCCCGGCCCGAUUCUACAGUGUCGGCAGCGCAGGCUAUGCCAUCGCACCAGCAAACGACGCUUACAGUGAAUGCAUCACCCCAACCCAACACGAUACAGCAGCAACAAACCGUCACUGUUGGUGGUGGUGGUGUUGGCGUGGUAGUGCAUAGCCCCACCGCAUCGCCGGCAGCUAUCACUGCCAAGCACAUCCAGCAGCAGCAGGCACAGGAAAGCGAGCAGUUUGCCUACGCUUGGCUGCGUGCAUCGUUCGAAGCAGCGCCGGCCGUUCGAAUGGAUCAGCAGGAGCUGUACAAGCUCUAUCUGGCCACCAAUGGGAAGCUGGGCCGUAAGGUGGUGCUUCCCCAAACGCACUUUCCGCGCUGUGUGCGUGCCGUUUUCGGUGGAACCGUUGGGCCAGUGCAGCUGAAAAUAGAACAGAAAGGAGUCGAAACGGUUGGAUACUACUACGAGGGGUUGCGGCUCCGCGCCAAGCCAUUGCCGAUCGUUCACAAAGGCACUGUGUUGACGCCAGCUGUAGAGUCCACUGCAGCUGGUACUACAAGCACUAUCGGUAGCCUCGUCACGCUGACAAAACAAGACGAACAACAACUGAACAGCAAACUAACAACCCCAACUAGCGGCUGUACUGCUGUAAUUACCGCCGUUACAACACAGCAUGCUGCGACCACCGUUGGGCGAGAGCUGAGUUUCAGCUCAUCCACUACCCUUAGUACGACAAUCGCUAAACCCGCAACGGUCAUCAGCAAUGCAGGAACCGCUUCUGGACGAACAAUCGUGUCCACUGGGCAAGAAACUUAUCGCUCACUAGAAGUCAUUCAAACAAGCUUAUCCCAAGCAACACCGACUACCUCCUCUCCUGGAACGUUCCGUUCCUCGUCGGUUAUAGCAAUGGCUCCACCGAGCAGUAACGCUUCAACCCCAGCCGCCAUGAAGCAUCAACCACAGACCUCCGGGCAAACGGUAUCCGUACUGCACAAAACGAUUCCGACACCGCUCCAGGCGGUCAAAUCGUCACAGCAACAAACGCAACCACGGGCAGUGUUGCACUUUACACAGGCGCAAUCGGUGAAGACAAUCGAUGGUUCUUCUGUCGGAGGCGCUUCCACGCCUUCGGUGGGCUCGGGUGGGCCCAGUACGAUCGGCAAACAGCUCAUAGUCACCCAAGUUGGGGGCAAAAACGUCCUAAUCAAUAAGGCGGCGGCCGGCCAACAACACCAAUACAUACCGACGACACCUUCGUCGCCGCUGCUGCAGCAAGUCCUUAGCAGCGACCAGAAGAACAACGUGAUCGUGGUAAACCAGACGACCAUUUCUCCGCAGCCGGCCGGGUCGCUGCACAGCAGUCCGGGCCCGAGUGCGCAUCUGCAGACCGGCACCGGCACGACGACGAUCAUGAACCAGUCGGGCACGAUCAGCUCGACGACGACGAACCCGUCCGCACUGAUCAAGAGCCUGCUGGCGAACAAGGUAACGACGGCGGUCACCGAUAGUACGCUCUCCGCUGCUACCGCUGGUUCCGCUGCUGCUGCUGCUGCCGCUGCCGCUGCUGCUCCUUACUCCAGUAGUUUGUCCACUACUACCAUCACCAACUCUCCUACUACCAAUUGUUUGAUUGCACCGAAUGUUAACGUGCAUCAGGUCGUCCAGAGGCAACAGAUGCAGAAGCAGAAGCAACUGAUCGAACAGAAGCUGCUUUCCAACAGCCCCAUCAAUCCGUCGGUCGUCGUGACUUCGAACAAUCCGAACAACCUCACCAACAUCAAGGUGGGCAACUCGACCAUCUCGAUCAAGCCGGGCACGCUGCCCACCAACACGGUCAUAACGGCGACCAAUCCGCACGAAACAUCGUUUAACGCACCGCCACCGCUGGCACCGCUCAGCCAGACGGGCAUGCAGCAGGGCACGAUCAUCAAAACGAUUGCGGCCGCCCCGCACGAUCCGUCACAGCACCAUAUGGGGUCGCCGGGCGGCAGUAAGCUGCUGCCCAACAAGGUGCUGUCGGAGCUGCUGGAGAAGAAGCCGGGCGAAAUGAUCAUUGCCGGCGAGACCACGAUUAAGCGCAAGUACGACGUGACGGACACAUCGAUGGAGCCGCCCGUGAAGCGCAUGGAAGGUGGCACAAAAACAGCCGACCUGUACGCCGAGCUGGCCGGUUCGAUAACGGAAGGAGAAGAUGUGGAGGAGCAUACAACAGCAGCAGCAGCGCAAGAAGCGGAACAGCAAGCCGCUAAGCUUAAGCUGCAACAAAUUGCGCAACAGCAACAGCAGCAACAACAACAACACCUCGUGCAACAGCAGCACCAGCAACAGCAGCAGCAACAGCAGCAGCAACAACAACAGCAACAACAACAGCAACAAAUGAUAACGAUGCCCGUAUCGAUGCAGCGACAGAUCAUCGUUACGCCCAACAGUGCCCAGCCGAUGAUCAUCUCCACACCCACCGCAAACGUGGGCAGCAAUCCGGUCCAGCAGCAGCAACAACAGCAGCUAACGUCGCAGACGACGGCCACCAUCAAGACGGACAGUGGCUACCAAACCGUCCCGAUCAUACUGCAGCACAAUGCGAUGGGUGGCGGUGGCACGCUGCAGCUACAGAAGGCGACGGCAGCGCCGGGCGGAGCGCUCAUGCAAUCCUCCGUACUGGCUGCACCGCAGCAUCCGCAACCAACGCAGUACAUCCUUGCCACCAACCCUCAAGGACAGACGUACGUGGUGGCCCAGCAGCCUCAACCGCAGCCCCAACUGCAGCAAACGGUACUGCUCGCCCAGGGCCAACAGCAUGGCGGCACUGGACAGAAGACGAUCAUCAUCGUGCAGCAGCAGCAACCACCGCAGCAACAGACAACCGCCACGUCCCUUCCGCAAAUGACGAUGCAGAGCGCGAUCGGCCCGAAUCAGGGUGGGCAAACGACGCAAAAGAUUUUCCUCAACCAGCAGGGCCAGCAGAUACUGAUGACGCAGCUCCCGCGCCAGAUGAUCGUAAGCCACGCGGGGCCGUCGGUGUCCGGUGGUGCCACGAUCAUCACAUCCAGCGCUCCGACGAUGAUGCCGGGCAGCAGCACCGGUACCACGAUGAUUGCAACGGGCGGUGGCGGUGGUGCCGUCGGUGGUGGUGGCACCAUCAUCGAAAAGAAACCGAUCUACAUCACCACAAACGCACAGGGCAAUACGAUCAGCUUCGAGGGGCCACCGCAGCAGCUGCAGAUGCAAACGAUACAGGCCGGAAGUGCGGUCGGCGGCGGUGGUGGUGGUGGUACGUACCAGAUCAAACAGUACGGGAAUGUGCAGCAGCAGCAGCAGCAACCGCAGCAGCACAUUAUUCAACAGGCGAACCUUUCGACCGGUGGGCCCGUCGGUCAGCAGACGAUUCAGUUCAUUCAGCAGCCCGGUACAGUCGUACAGACGCAAGGGCAUCUAGCCUCGGCAGCGCAAAGCAUGCAACCGCAGCAAAUUGUGUUCCAAACGCAUGGUGGAGGAACGGGUGGCGGUACCGCGCAGAUCAUCCAGCAACAAAUCAUUCAAGCGGCACCGUCGGGCCAGCACGCAGGCCAACACAUCGUCCAGAAAGUGUUGCACCAACAGCAACCGACCCAGCAGCAGCAGCAGCAACACCAUCUAAUACACACCAUCAAGGGAAACCAGUCACAAAUGAUUACCGUGCAGCAGCAGAAACAGCCCAUGGCAACCAUUACGUCGCAGCAGGUGCAGCAGCAGCCGCAACCGUCAACCUCACAGUUGCCAUCGACACUUUCGAUCCAGCGGCAAACGGUCGGCGGCAGUCCACUGUCGCAGACGCUCGUCCCACCCAAACCUGGGCCCGCACCGAAUGUGGGCCCCAGUGGGUCUUCAGCGCCUCCCGCACCUACUCCCGGCCUUCCGGGUGGCAAGCAGCAAUACUUUCAGGUGGUGCAGCAGAAAAUAUCUCCCGCACCAUCGCAGGGAACGGGUGGCGGCAACACUGCGCAGCAGGGUACUGUUGUAACCGCUCAACAGCAUCUUCGACACAUGGCGGGCCCAAGUGGCUCUACCGUCAUGUCGCAGGGUGGUCAGCAGUCGCUAGUGCCCUCAAUAACGGUUACAGCGAUUCCGGCACAUUCGGCAACAACACCAACCACCACCAGCACGAUCACGAGCGGACAGUUCGCCGCCUCCCUUAUGGCCCAGGCAGCCGGACUAAACGUCCCCGUUACAACGACCACAUCAGCAACAGUAUCAGCAGCCACAGCGUCCUCUAUAUCCACUUCAUCUGUCCCUGCUGCUGCUUCUGCUCAACCAACAGUAACAGCGCAACCGCCUCCACAACCACCACCACCACCACCACCGAUUGCGAACACAAUCACGAUUCCGGUGUCGGUUGCGACGGCCAACGGCGGUACGUCCACCUCCAUCCAGAUGAUCCCUGCGAUGGACCCGCAAAAGAUCGUCGACGAGGACGUCGAUCCGAGCUGGCCGUGGGUGUGCGAUUGGCGCGGCUGCCCGAGGAAAAAGUUCCAGUCCGCGACGGAGGUGUUCCGGCACGCCUGCACCGUCCACUGUCCCGAUACGGUGGAUGUGUCCGCCGACAUCUACUGCCAGUGGGGCCCCGGGCCGAAUUUGUGCGACAAUUUGCCGCGCAAGCGGUUCUCCCUCAUGACGCAUCUGCUCGAUCGGCACUGUACGGCGGAUUCGUUUAAAACGGCCGUACAAAGACGGCUUGCCGGUGGACCACAGCAACCGGUACAACCGUACCCGGUGACUCUGAUACGCCAGCCAGCACCGGCGAAUGCAGCGAUCGCAAACAGUAGCAGUGCAUCGGCAGCACCAUCAUCGGCGGGUGAUCGAGGAUCUCCGGCACCGGCCUCCUGCACCAAGGUGGAAUCGACCGGUGGCACAUCGGAGGGCAGCAGCGGCAGCGGCAGCACGAACGGACCCGGUCAACUGUCGGCAGCGGGCCCGGCAGCGAUGCAUGCCAUCAAGCGCUACUCCAUGGAUUACGUCAACUCGAAGGAAUUCCAGGAUGAAAUGGAAGGUCCUGUGACGAAAAGUAUUCGGCUCACGUCCGCCCUGAUCCUGCGGAAUCUGGUUGUUUACACAAAUUCCGCCAAAAGAAGCCUUCGCAUGUACGAAGCACACCUGGCCGGUGUCGCGCUUAGCAAUGUCGAGUCGAGCCGCACGGUAGCGCAGCUACUGUUUGAAAUGAACGACACGGGGCCCAACUACUGAGAACCGUCGAUCUCGGCCACACCCAGAUCCCAGAGGUAUUAAAGGAAUUUCAGCGCUGAUGACGACGUUAUUUUAAAGUUAAACUAUGCAUUUUAUCUUAUUCUUAACGUGUUGCUGAUGCACGCGAGAAACACGCAAAAUAAGAAGCGAGCCUUAUGAAACACAUUUCUUCUUUUCGUUUAAUGCACACCAUUGCGUCGUUGAGGUUGCGUUUGUAAAAUAUAAAGUGCAUGUUUCUUUUUUUUACACAGAUGCGUACUAUUAUAAGCUAGCAGAGUAUCAAAGAACUUCAAGUCAAAGUAUAAUAAAAAAACGAGAAUAACACAGUUGACAAAUGAUUGAGUGCUACACAGAA